AUGAAAUGCCCUACUUACUUCAGGAAAAUCCAAUCCGCGCUAAGAACCAAUGGAAUUGCGUUUACCUCUUUUUCUCUCCCUGAAGAUCGCACCCUAAAAGUGGUGAUUAGAGGAAUACCUACCGACAUAGCUGAAGACGAAAUCACCGCUGAACUUGAACUCCGAGGGUUCACGGUUCAUACGGUAAAACGAUUCGGUGCAAACUCCCGUCCACUCCCUAUGUGUUUAGUCAUCCUGGCGAAAACUACGCAAUCCACGACUAUAUACGAAAUUACAUCAAUGUUUUAUCUCUCAGUUAGGGUAGAGUCAUUUAAAAAAUCGGGUCCAGCGCAAUGCUUUCUUUGCCAACGUUUUGGCCAAGGCUCUAAAAACUGCGGCCAAGCGCCACGCUGUGUCAAAUGCAGCGGUAAUCAUUUGGCCAAAGAAUGUACCAAACCUAAACAAGAUUCGCCAUCCUGUUGCAACUGUGGAGGUAGUCACACGGCCAACUUCCUCGGUUGCCCAUACUACCUUCAUCUGGCGGCGUCAUCGAAACCUGCUGUAACUAUACCACCUCCGCCUUCUCAAUCCACUUCAGCCUCUUUCGCUCAACCGAAAUCUGACACUAGUUACGCUGAUGCCGUUAAAUCAGACAAAAACCCAAUUUCCAACGAAACAAAAACCAAUCAAAUCAAUAUCGAUGAAAUAAUUACUCUGCUGACUGACCUACUCACCGCCCUUACAUCGGAUAGCGACCACAAAUCUAUCAUGGUCUCAACAAUCAAGUCAUUCCUCUCCCUACUCACUAGUCGUAAUGGAUAA